CGGAAACAUUCUUCACACAAGUAACGGAGAUUUUACUGUAAACAUGUAUUUAUAUAAUGGGAGAUACACACUUUACCGCUCCAGCACCGAUCACAGUGAACUUCACCUGGUUUGUUCUGGGAGUUAUGGUCGUAGCUAUUCCCGUGCUGAGUGGUUCUGGUCACCUCAUCCCCAUCAACAGCUGAAAUUAAUAGCAUCUGCAGAACGUUCUCAGCCCAUCAUCAUCAAUGUCAAAGGGACCAACUUCGUGAAUCGACUGGUGACCUCAGGGAAACUCUUCGAUGGCAAGGAUUUCAAUGUGAGGAUUGUCCCCGUUGUGUUUCAAGAUGCCGGAGUUUACGCCUGUUAUCUGGAACAAAAUCGAUUUCCCACCAUUGAUCUCAUCACAGUGAAAGUCACAGCUGAACCGUCUGAUGCAGUGACUGAGGGAGACAACGUUACCCUGACCUGCUCUGUGUCUCACGUCAUUGGGUCAAUGAGACUGGUUUGGAUCAAUGGCGAUGGCAAACGUGUUGGAGAAAAGGCACUGACCUGGAACGAGAAAUCACCGAGUCUGGUUAUUCAGAAAGCUGAGAGAGGCAGAGGGAACUGGAGAUGUGUUUUGUUUGAUCAAGACCUGCCCCGGCUUUUUGUCCCGUACUAUCAGAAGGACAAUAUGAGAGACAUUAGGAUCAUCAUAGUUCUGGGCUACUUGGUGAUUAAACUGGCCGUUGCUCUUGGACUAAUUUGCUGCUCGUGGAGGAUGAACAGGAGCUGCAGAAAUCCACGGGAAGUUACAGGAAAUGUCACAAACAAUUCAAACGAAGCUGUAGCAAUGCAGACCCUGAAUUCUGACCCAGAUCUGAGGGAUCAGAAUGAAUGA